ACUGUCAGUCUCGCAGAGGGGGAUAGUAGGCUAGAGUGGCAGCUAUUUGCUUGUAACUCAGUUUGUGUAUGUCAGUGGCAUCAGGGUACUUUGAUUGCGAGGCAGCUCUGUUCAGUUGGCAAUCUACUAAGUUCUGAGUUGGUUAUUUCCGUGAAGUAGAAUUAUCUUUUUUAUUAUUAUUAUUUUUGCUAAAUCACAGCACUGCAAAGGCACGUAAUUUAUCUGCAAGUAUUGGUAGGUUAGAACGCUAUCUUAAUCGGCAGAUCUACCAGUUUGUCACCUAUAUUGCGCGUCUGGGCUACAUUGCGGUAGAUAUAUUGAAACAAAAAAUAUAGCAUUUAAUUUAUAUAUUUAAUAUAUUAUAUUACCAGUUCGUAAUCGUAUGCGUCUCAGUUAGGCUACAGUAGGCAACUGUAGCUUGCAGUGUAUUCAUCACAAGUUAUAGAUAUUAUAUGUAUUUUUCUAAAUUUGAAGUUGUCUCAGCUUGAGUUUGUCGCCAUGAUUAACAUUCUCGUGGAGUUCCUGGUGGUGAUUCUGAAAGUUCUAUGGGCUAUUGUACUGGCCGGUCUGAAAUGGCUUGUGAAACCCAAGGAGAAGAGUGUCGCGGGACAGGUGUGUGUGAUCACCGGGGCUGGCGGCGGUCUCGGGCGGCUCUUCGCUAAGGAGUUUGCUCGGAGGCGAGCAGUCCUGGUACUCUGGGACAUCAACAGCCAAAGCAACGAAGAGACUGCGGAGAUGGUGCGGCAAAUCUAUCGCGAGCUGGACAGCCCGAUGUCUAAAGACGGAGCCGUUGGCGGUGUAGAGGAAGUCCCUCCGUUCCAGCCGCAGGUGUACACCUACACGUGUGACGUGGGCAAGCGGGAAAGCGUGUACUCCACUGCGGAGAAAGUGCGCCGUGAGGUGGGCGAAGUCAACUUGCUGAUCAAUAACGCCGGCGUGGUGUCGGGCCACCCUCUCCUGGAGUGCCCAGACGAGCUUAUCGAGCGGACCAUGGUGGUCAACUGCCAUGCACAUUUCUGGACCACCAAGGCAUUUCUUCCCAAGAUGUUGGAGAUGAACCAUGGCCACAUUGUGACAGUUGCCAGUUCGCUCGGUCUCUUCAGCACAGCUGGUAUUGAGGAUUACUGCUCCAGCAAGUUCGGAGCCAUCGGCUUCCACGAGUCCCUGAGCCAUGAAAUCAAGGCGUCUGAGAAGGACGGCAUCAAGAUGACUCUGGUGUGUCCCUACCUGGUGGACACGGGCAUGUUCCGCGGAUGCAGGAUAAGGAAGGAGAUUGAGCCCUUCCUGCCACCGCUGAGGCCAGAGUUCUGUGUCAAACAGUCCAUGAGGGCCAUCCUGACCGAUCAGCCCAUGAUUUGCACGCCUCGUAUCGUCUAUAUGGUCAACCUUAUGAAAAGCCUUUUGCCGUUUGAGGCCAUCGUCUGCAUGUACCGGUUCCUUGGCGCAGACAAGUGCAUGUAUCCCUUCUUGGCUCAGAGGAAGGAGCUGAUGAACAACAACGAAGCGAAGAACGGCAUCUAAGCAGAGACGAGGGAGGGGGCCACUGACCCCAAGUCACACAAGGGCACAUUUCCUGAUGGAGGAAAAGGAUGAGACCACUGUGGAAGAAGAGGAUGAAGAAAGAGGAGAAGAAGAAGAAGAAGAAAAAUGGACAGAAUCAAGACUGGUGCACUUGCAUUGAGCCGAUGCAAAGGUUUACCAUAUUGUUCCUCUGGAACAAAGAAAGCUGUGUACUACACUAAGGAUUUAUUUGUCUUUCUUUUUUUAAAAAAGGUUUGUUUAAAGAAACCAACCAUCUAUAUACAGUGUCAAUAGUUUUGAAAUCAUACAUAAGGUAUUCAAUAAUUAACUAUUUACGUAAUGUAGUCACCAGCAAUAUUUAGUGUCUUUGUGAAAAUAUACAGUAUGUUACUGUACGAACAGUAAAUCUUGUCACUUUUGUUUUAAUUUGUAGACAUGCACUGUAACCUCUUACUUUCUCUACACUGCCAACUCAAUUUGUGUAGAACAGUUCAACAUGGCAUUUUUUUGUACCACUCCCCAGUCCAACAGUGUAGGGUUAAACACCAGGAACUCAAGCCCAUAAAUAUCAAGAGGUUUACUGCUUUGGACCGGUCCUAGCAUGUUUCAAAUUUGAUAAGGUCAGUUGAUGGAGUGCCAGAUAAAAUAUUUUAUCCAUUUCGAGUCCCUGCCCUUGACCAAGAGAGCGUUCACCGCAUUCCGAUUCUCCUCGGCAAAUCUCAGAAGUCCUGGGAUCUGUCCGCAGCCUCACGGAGCCUACCAAGAAAGAGGGAGGGAGGAUCGGGCAGCUGUGGUCCAGCUUGUCCAUUGUGUUCUAGGUGAAGAAUGAAGUAUGUCCCAUUGACCCAAUGCGCUGGGUCACUUUUAUGUCAGUUAAUUAAUACAAUUAAAUCCAGGUUCCCCUCACUAACAAUUAAAUGCAAUAGUUAACAUCAACAAGGUAUUAACAGCAGCACUUAAUAAUUCUGAAUGUCUAGUGAUGCAGAGUGAUCCAGAAACAUACACAUUUCACAUUAUUUAUGUUUUAUUAAUACUGAUGUUGAUGAUAUGUUCAUGUUAAUUAAUGCAUUGACCAAUGUUAAAUAAGGGAACUUUAAAGUGAAGCAAUUCUAAGGCAACCAGUUCUACUUUUCUCUAUAAUAAGAUGUGCCAAUGCAAAAUGCCUUUUGCAACUAUUUCGGUAGCUGUACCCGAUUGAUUUUGUUAAACAUCACUGACAUUGACAUAGUCGUGAAUGUACAGUAUGCAAAUGACAUCUUUUGGUUUCACUGAUUUGUAUUUAAUGUUAUCACAUUUUGUUUCCGUUUUUGAGACACAAAUUUUGACACACAAAAAAAUCACGCAAUACAAAAGUUAACACAGUAACUGUCAAGGUGGAUAAAAAAAAAAAAAAAACGUAAAUGGACAUGUACUUUAUGUCGUUCAGUGCUAACCACAGACAUUUUUCACCUACUUGUGAGGACAUCUGAAAAUGUUGCAUUCCUAAAAACAAACUCCCCCCGUCAUGUCUAGUAGAGUGUUGUCUUUGAUCUGUUGUGCGUAUUCAAUCCACUGACCAUUCAAGUGACACUACAGAGAUAGAUAUUUGGAUAUUUUGUAUGCUUUUAGGAACACAUGCUUUUUUUUUUUUUUUUUUUUUUUUAAUGAAACUACAUUCCAAUAGGCGUCAUUCCUCCUCUUGACAGCAAUGGGCCUAAAAAUCUCUACCUCUUCAUUUUUGCCAUUUGUUGACCAUGACAUGCGCCUCUUUUUUGUAUUUUUUUUUUUCUUAAGACUGCUCGUUAGAGGAGCAAACAAUGUGGUUCUGAUGUUUAGUGUCUCUACCUAACUUAAAUUAAUAAAGUGAUUUAGAUUGUUA